GUAGUCUUUUUACUGUCACCAGACACCAAAUUUUUGAGCAGCGGCACUGGAAAGAAAUCCAACAUCGGUUACUGGAAUCUCUUCCACCUCUACAAGAAAGUCCUCAUAACUAAGUGGGCUACAAAGCACAUUGCUAGCAUUGUCACCAGCAUCAAUCAUUACAUUUUCAAAGCCGCAAAAGCUUCAGCCUUUGAUUCUGCCGAACAAGAUGAUCAUGCAGAUGCAAUCAAUCACGUACUUGCAGUGCUCGAUAUGGACAGUGAUUCUGAA